UCUCUGUCAAUUUUGAUAUCUGCAGAGAUCAUAGAGAGAUGCAGAAGCCACAGGGUGAGUCGGUUAGUGGCGUCCACACUGAAAGUGAGACCACUGGGAAGGUCAUCACUUGCAAAGCUGCUGUUGUGCUGGGUCCGGGACAGCCCUUUGUCAUAGAGGAAAUUCAAGUUGAUCCCCCUCAGAAAAUGGAGGUUCGAGUCAAGAUCCUCUAUACUUCAAUCUGCCACACUGAUCUCAGCUAUUGGAAGGGCGAGAGCGAAGCUUACCGAGUGUAUCCUCGGAUUUUAGGCCAUGAAGCUGCCGGAAUUGUUGAGAGUGUGGGAGAGGGUGUUGUGGACAUGAGGAAAGGUGACCAUGUAAUUCCAAUCUUUAAUGGGGAGUGUGGGGACUGCGUCUACUGCAAGUGCGACAAAACUAAUCUCUGUGAGAGGUUUAGGGUACAUCCGCUGAGGAGCGUGAUGGUGAACGACGGCAACUGUAGGUUUUCCACCAAAGAUGGGAAACCCAUCUUCCAUUUUCUCAACACUUCAACUUUCACCGAGUACACCGUCCUUCACUCCGCCUGCGUCGUCAAGAUCGACUCCAAGGCUCCUCUCAAGAAGAUGAUCUUGCUCAGCUGUGGCGUCUCUUCUGGGCUUGGAGCUGCAUGGAACACUGCCAAGGUGCAAGCAGGGUCGAGUGUGGCGAUUUUCGGGCUGGGUUCAGUUGGUCUUGCUGCUGCUGAAGGAGCAAGGACCAGAGGAGCUUCAAAAAUAAUAGGAGUUGAUAUCAACCCAAACAAAUUUAUCAAAGGAAAAGCAAUGGGGCUCACUGAUUUCAUCAACCCAAAUGAUUCAAAGAACCCUGUGCAUGAGAUAAUCCAGGAAAUGACAGGAGGAGGAGUAGACUACAGCUUUGAAUGUGCAGGCAAUUUGGACGUUCUGAGGGAGGCCUUCUUGUCCACCCAUGAGGGAUGGGGUAUGACAGUUCUUCUGGGAAUUCAUCCAACUCCGAGGAUGCUCCCUAUCCAUCCUAUGGAAUUGUUUGAUGGUCGGAGGAUUAUAGGAUCAGUGUUCGGAGACUUCAAAGGGAAGACCCAGCUUCCUCAUUUUGCCCAACAAUGCAUGCGCGGGGUGGUGAAUUUGGACGAGUUCAUCACUCAUGAGCUUCCAUUUGAGAAGAUAAAUGAAGCAUUUCAGCUGCUUGCUGAUGGGAAAUCCUUGAGAUGCGUUCUACACCUUUGAGCUGUACCAUGCGGGCAUUGAUCAGUACCCAACUGCAUAUGCAAAUAAACACUGAUAUACGGCGUGGAAUAAAAAAUGGGUGGUGAUAUUGGACUCUUACUCUUGCGUGGAAUAAAGAAAAAUCACAAUUUCUUA